AGUUAAUAAGAGAACAAAGCACUCGAGAAAGGCGAGAGAGAGAAGAAAGAGAGCUGCAGGAAGCUGAAAACUGGCCGCAACAACCAGAAGCCAUCACUGGGCGAUCACAUUGGCUAUGUGAACAUUAUCAGCGGCACUGCAGAGUGCGCUUCCCUUGUUGCACACAAUUUUAUCCAUGCCAUCGCUGUCACAACAUCUCAAAAGCUUGUGACAAUGAAGAGGUUAAAGCUUGUCAUGCCACUCAUCUGAAAUGCUCUUUUUGUCAGGAAGAACAGGAGGUAAUGUUUUAUUUUCAUUUCACACUAGAGUAGUGGAUUGAAUGCAUAAAUGACGUGUUUGUGGUGACUGAGAGUGUAUUCAUUAUUUUGACACAAUGGUCACAAUUCUUGUAUGUGAUCUAUUUAACAAAUAGAUUCCAUGUUGCCGUGCGUCUGUUCAGUAAUAGAUCACAGAUGACGUCAAAAUGUCGUAAAAACAAAGAAGUGGCACACGAGCCGCAGGCGAGUGUGUCACUGUUGUUUUUACCACAUUUUGACGUCCUCUGUGAUCUAUUACUGAACAGACCCACGGCAACAUGGAAUCUACUUGUUUUAUACAAUGAUCAGAAGAGAAAAAGAACAGGAAGUAAUGUUUUAUUUUCAUUUCACACUAGAGUAGUGGAUUGAAUGCAUAAAUGACGUGUUUGUGGUGACUGAAAGUGUAUUCUUUAUUUUGACACAAUGGUCACAAUUGUUGUAUGUGAUCUAUAAUAUAUUUGCUUGUGUGAAUGAAAUUCUCUGUAGCUUGUUUUUCUUUGUUUACCCUUAGUUUUUCAAGAAACAUCCUUUUUGUUUGUUUCAUGCUCCAUUUUGUUUUGUGGAAAGUUUUUUAGAGAUUGUUUGUCUCAAAGUUCAGAUUGAGUUUUAAGGUGACUUUUUGCCACGGUUUUGUUUCAAUAAUGUACAUGAAAAAAUUCUUGAAUCUGAUUGGCUGAGACCUAUCCAGUUUUUAAUAAACACAGUGCAAAAACAAGGUAAUAGAAUUUCAAUGUCUAAGAGAAUGAAACAUUGUGAUAUGCUAAUAAACAAUAUAAAAUAAUACAAAAACCAAUCAGGUGCUGCAGAUUACAGCAACUUUAACAUCCAUUGCCUAUUAUGAUUUGGCAGUUCAGGAAAUUUCUUAGCUCAAUCAGGGGAACCAUUUUAAAUUGGUUCCACUUAUUUGACUGGUAUUUUUUUCAUGUUGAUGUUUAUUCUGGGAUAAUCAUAUAUCUUUUUUCCUUCAAUUUACAAUUUAUUUGCACUUGUGUGUUUUUCAAAAAAGCUCAAAUUGCAUUUGCCCUGUGGGCUCAUGGAAUUUUUUUAAUACUCACUCAAGCAAAUAAAUUUCAUUGAACUCAAAGUCGUAUGUUUACCUACAAAUGAAUACAAACAAAGAGCAGAAAGCAAGCCCUAGGAUUUCACGGUAACAAUCGUUUCGGCAUCCUUGGGGAUCCAGGGGCAGUCAGUCGGGCCGGGAGAAAAGGCGGGACGCAAGUUUUCAAGUACGGGCAAAAGAGCCCCUGGGUACUGACUCUCACCUAACUAUUUCCAAAAAUUCAAGCCGAUGCCGGCUCCUGAUUGGGCACAAAAAAUGCUUUUUAUUAUUGUGCCCAAUCGGCGAACGGUUUCUUUUGAGUUAUUUUUGUGAGUUCGUACAGGACGGCUGUUGUCUCGCCACACUUGCCCGGUUCAUUCACCAAGCUUGUGCGUGCAAGGGAAACUUUAACUUUCUACUUUCCUAACCAGAAACGAAGGAACUACCAACGAGUUGAAAAAACGUUUGGGAUGCUAUCAGCAGGAGCAAUUGAAUUUGGCCCGAAUAUUCUGUUUUUGUCGGAUCACAAUGUAUCGUAAAUAAUAGGAAGUUUUAUGAUGCAGCGGUGACAAGAAAGUCAAAUAAGCAAUAGCUUGACAAGGCAAGACAACAACUUUGCACAUGCAUCACGGUUUUUUGUACAUUUCUUUGCCAUCAACUGCAUGACUACCCAUGAAAAUGCCUAGUUUCAUAUUUUGUGAAGGACGUAAACAAUGACAAAAUUCAUUCUCUUAGUGAACUUGGAUAUGGUUGAUAGAAAUUCAGCUCCAGAAGAGUUUGCUUGCAUUUGACAAAGUAAGCAAGUUGAAAUAAUUACAAUAGAGACUGAACAAAAAUAUAAAUUCACUUUUCCAUGCGACAUUUCCGUCGUGGUAUCUUUUAAAAACUCUGGGAAUGUAUUUACGCAAGACGUGGCCGAUACAAGCGUGAAUACCUGUUGUAAGCUGAAGCUUGUAUUUUUGGAAAAGCGUCUUUAGUUUUUGGGUAGACAGUAUUUUGAAAUCAGAUGGCAAUUUUGUAUCAAACUGAAAGUUUCCUGACUGCAUGCAUUUCUUUGGUGCAUGACCCAGACAAGCCAUGCAAUAGCUGUUGUGUACGAACACACGAAAAGAACUCAGGAGAUGUGCUCUCCAAUUGGGCACAAUAAUACAAAGCAUUUUUUGUGCCCAAUCAGGAGCCGGCAUCCGCUUGAAUUUUUGGAAAUGGUCUGGUGAAAGUCUGUACCCAGGGGCUCUUCCGCCCUUACUUGAAAACUUUCGUUGUGUCUUUUCUCCCGACCCGACUGACUGCCCCUGGGUCUCCGAGGAUGUCGUUUCGGGUACCAUGUCGUUAUACUGUGAUCUUAAAAUAGUGGAACCAAAAAAUAGUUUCCCAGUGACAUGUCCUGAUAUAUUCAGACUGAGAGAUCAAAAUACACAAAUAUAGUAUUUUUCCACUCGGAUUCUCAACUAGUACAGCAAUUCUUUAUAACUGAGCUUCUGUCUAAAUGAAAUUUUGAAUAAAACGUUACUGUUUUUCUAUCGUCCACCAUCUUAAAUCGUUCCCAAAGUGCAUUGCGUGUUACUGAUGACUCGCGCAUGAAAGAUGUUUUACAGUUAACUGCAGGGAUUGUUAUGGCUUCCAGUAACAAGAAAAAAAACAUAUGACUCCAAAAUUUUAAAAACAGCAUUAUUAGAAUGUAGUCUUUUAGUGACAAUUUCACUGUGAAACUGAUUAUGAGACCCAAAUAUCUUAAUGAAAGGACAAGAUCUGUAGAGAACGUUUCAAGUGAAUAUACUUACUCCUUUAGUUGGAUCAAAGAGGAGUCUUGAGUUUUUGACACUUAAGUGCACACACAUUUAACGCUUAAAUUGACCUUCUUCUGACAUUUUAAUAAUAGGCAUUGAAGAUUUUUGUAAAUAAUAGUACACACUGAUGUUCUUUAAUUUUAAAGUAUGUUUAACAACGUGUUUCCAGCAAACUGUUUCUGUACAUUAAAAGAAAUGAAAGUGGAUUCCCAUGAAUUUUCACAGAACCAAAAACUUGUUACCGAUAGUUUCCCGUGAUCUCUGUGCAUGGAACUGAAAAAUUGUUAUCCAUGGGAUUUGAAAUCCUAGGGCUUGAGAAAGUAAAUAUAUGAAUAGUUUAUUUUAAUUUAUUUUCUCACUGUUAGCAACAAGCUUGAAGGAACUGAAAGGGUGUUCAGAGUAUUCAGUAUAGCUAAGUGGUUAGCAUUUUAGAUGUCCUCGUUAUGAGUGUCAUUUUGACCACUAGCAGGAUUUGUUUUUUUGUUUGUUUGUUUGUUUUUCCAAGAUCAGAUCCUUGACCAUGCUUGUGAAUAGGCCACUGGUUCACUCCUUCUUGUUGAAAUUCUGUUCCUUUUAUGUUGUACUUGGAUUAUUGUUUGUUUUAAGAACCCGUGAACUAGCCAGACCAAGGAUAUCUACUUCGAGAAAAGCAUUUGCAUUAACAUAAACCUGAGAAGAAAUUUGAGUUCUGUGAGUUGAAGGGCUGGUGCAAAUUGGUUUAGGGGCUGGAUAGGGAAGGCAAGGGAGGGACUGCUUUAGAAAGUUGACAUCAUCAGAGUGCUCUUCUCUUUGUGUUUGUGUAAGUUCCAUUUGUCACUCCUGUAAAGUUACUGGGAGACCUGGCAUCAUUACUUUUUUUGGAAUCAAGUUGCAUUUUGAAUUUUGAACUAAACUUGGUUUACAAGGUAAAUGUUUUAUGAUUGUUGUUGUUAUUGUUACAGAUUGGUGAAGACAGUGCCAAUUGUCGUAAGUGUGGAGGGAAGAUGUCUGCUUAUUUCUGUGCUAUCUGUAAACAUUUUACCAGUGUGUACAAGAAUCCGUACCAUUGUGAAAAAUGUGGAAUAUGCAGGUAAGUCAAGGCAAAUAUUUUUGUGGUAAAAUUAUAAUAUUAUUUAGAUAAGAUAUAUCCUUGUUUAUGAAAGUUUGAUGCCUUUCUGCUGUUUUUUCCCAGUGACUUUUUCUAGUUGUCUAAAGGAAUUUAGUAACAGCAUAAAAGGAGAGUCAGACAAGGAGAAUCAGUGUCAUUUUGCAAAAUAAUAUUGUUUCUACCUACUAAUCUUAUAAUGGCAUGUGAAAAUAAUUAAAAGUGUUAUGUUUUAUUGUAUCAGCAUUAUUUUUAUUUGUCAUCCAGGAAUCAUCAGAACAAAUUAUUCCAUUGUGAAGUGUGUAAUGUGUGUUUAGACAAACGCCUUGAGGGAAAUCACAAAUGUCGCCCUGAUUCAGAUUAUGAUCAAGUUUUCUCAGAGGUGAGUUUAAAUCAACAGAGAUCACUUGCUAUAAAUUUUGUCGCCCCAUUGAGGAUGAAUUUCUGGUUGUUUUGAAUAAAAAUGUUAUUGUAUAAGCUUUUCAGUUCAAAACAUGAGUGAUUUUUGCUUGUAUUGGCUAUUAGUAGAGUUACAGAUAGAUAGUAACUCUGCUUUACAGUGUAUGUGUCUCAAAAUUGUGGUGGUAAACAAUUGCAAUGCUGAUCUGAUGGAUUGUUUUUUUGUUUUGUUUUGUUUUUUUUUUUUCAUUAUCUGCAGGAUGCAUUCAGUGGUUGCCAGAUAUUACCAUGUUCACACAAAGCCCACAGAGAAUGUGCCAAUGUCGCUGUCACACAAAACGUCAUGUAAGUCAUCAUGCUUCUUUCAGUGACUAAUUUACUAAUAAAUUAAUUCUCAUAACUUAUGUUUAUAGUAUAUACACACGCAGUAAUCGUGAUGAUCCAAGCAAUCUGAUUGGUUCACUAUCUUGGACUAUGAUGUUAUAUUCACGGCGCUAGGUGGUGAAUAUAAAGCAAAACAAAAUCGCUGUCGUGAACUGGGUGUUUUGCCAAGUUUCAGAGUUAAAACCUUUUUUGAAAAGACAAGAAUAUCCCAGUGUUGAUGAUUUUAAAGGUAAGAAAGGACGUCAUGGUUGAAACAGGGUGAUUUAUUGUGAAGUGCUUUACUGUAGUUGACUUUCAUAAUUAUGCUUUCAAAAAGCAAUGUUUUUACCACUACAGAGAAAAACAAGGCAGUUUUGUCACUAUUUUGUGAACUCAGGAUUUCCUCACAAGACUAAUUUUGUCUAGAAAUAGAAGUUAAUGAACACGCUUACAGCGGCAUUCAGGUCUCGCCUGCUUGGAGAUUAGAUCGAGAAUUGAGGAGGUGAUUAAUUCUACAAGAAACAUGAUUUACUUGCUAAAGGUUUUUUACUUCCUACUUUAUCGACGUCGAUAAUUGUUAUUUGUUUCUGAAUUGAUUUAGUAUGCAAAUUGUUGCCAACAACCAAAAAUACCUCUACGGUAGCAGCCUUUACGCGUGUAUAAAUACACGAAAAUUCAAGGGCCUUGAUUCCAGAGAAAUUACAUCAUUGCCAGAGAUCGAAAAAGUGAUUUACAUGGCACGUCACUUCAGUCUCCAAAAAUAAAUCGCAUGCUCAUCACAUACAGUGAAAGUUUUUCAUACCCGACCAUCGCAAUUUUGCUAAUUAAGAUUCUUAUUUCUUUCGACCACUCAGUAGUGUUUGCUUGCUUCAAAGUAAUCAACCCUUUCAAGCGAUAGAAUUGCUUGCGUGGCUUCGAUCAUGCAACGAUUCUUUGUCCCAGUUUCCACUGUCUCCGCAAGGAACGCCUGGGACAAUGACCUGCCUUUUGUGUCCAAAAAAUUCCAGGGGGGGCACUUCCAGAAAAAUUGGGAGGGAGUGUGGAGCACACUUCUUGAAACCCUUACCCUGUUUCAGUCCAAAAUCUGUGAUUUUCCCUACACUCUGUCAUACCUGAUCGAAAAUUUGGUACCCUAUUUCAGACCUGACGCCCUGGAGCCCUGCGCGUGACCGGAGCGCGUGACAAGCUGUUGCGGCACGUACACAGUAGUUGGCGUAAACAUUAAAAGGGAAAUGGUCUUAUUGCCAAAUGAUGAAGAAGUAGCUCUUCUAAAAAACAUACCCAAUUUAAGACUAGAGUGCAUAAACCAUACCCUAUUUCAGACCAAAAUAGCUGAAAUUGAUACCCUAUUUCAGACCAAAACAGCUAAAAAAAACCAUACCGUAUGGUAUUACCUUUGGCAUGGCACAUACCUACAUAGCCCUUUAUAAGGGACUCUCAGAAAGGGUAGAUAUUUAACAUUUCAAUGUUUUCUUUUUAAUCAUUAAUGCUAAAGCUCACAAAAAAUUAAAACUAUUAUUUGCCAUGACUGUUUGAAAAUGCCAUAAAGAUCUAACUUUGCGCAUAUACUUUUACGGCUACAUGUUCACGCAUGAAUUCACUUGUCAAUCAAACUUAGUAAUUGUUUUUUUUAAUGGUUACCUUUCUGAUUCUGUUGAGAUCACUUUGUGUGUAUAUACUAAAACAAUUAUUCACCUCAGGCUCAGUUAAAAUUGUUGAAUAAUCCCCUCAACUUUGUCUUGGGAUUAUUCAACAAUAAUAACUUUGCCUUCAGUGAAUAAUUGUUAAAUAUAAUAUGCUGGUUUAAGAUAAUGCUAAUUAAUAAAUUGCACACUACAAGGGCAAUUGAGUGCAGCAUAGCGUAUGAGUUGUGCAAAUUUUGGUGUGAAGCUUCCAUUUUGAAAUGGUUUCUUUACAGCUUGACAUUUCUGUUUUGUUUUUUUGCAAAUCCUGAACCUCCUUUCUUUUUCUAAUGAGACCUAAAUGACAAAACAAAAAGUUUAAAUACGUUCAAGAAUUUCUAUCAAGUUAAUUUUUUUGGAUGGGUCCAUUUCUUAUGGAUUAGUUUAGCAAAAUCACCAUUGGGGGUUUCACUCCCAGGACUACCUUCCACACCCAUACAUACCACUGGAUUUUCCUUCUUCAAAAGGAACUGAAGAUGAGCUCCCACCCCUCCAGAAUUUCCACAAAUGUGGCAAAGACUCCCCAAUCUCAACCGGAAAAGUACAUUUUUAUUAAAAAUAGUUUCAGAGUAAAGAAAAAGGCUCUUUAGUUGUUAUGCACAAAGUAACCUGAACUUCAAAAUAUUGCUUAUCUUUUCAAAUAUAUUACAAUUCACCUUGAUGUGCAAGUUAACAAUUUAAAUAAAUCCAAACAACAGGUAGUGGUCUCCAUGGCUGUAAUGUUGAUGAAAUACAGUGAGACCUCUAUUAAGCGGACUCCCAAUUAAGCAGACACCCUCUGUUAGGUGGACACUAAGCCGGGUCCUGAAAUUAACAUCUUAUAAUUAUUUCCCUUUACAAUGAACCCCUAUUCAGCAGACACCUCUAUUAAGCAGAUGCAGACACUAAAAUAAAUUGUACUUGGCUAACUUGUAUUGUUAAAAACCUCUAUUAAGCAGACACCAGACGUAAUUGACAAUACUAGUAUUGGAUUACGCCCUUGAAAUAAGUAUUGUAGUCGAUUAAUAAGGCUAAAUCAAUACAUUAAGUUGUCAAUAAACUGUAGAUUAGACUGGUAUCCAGACGUAUGAUUGUCAUCCGCCAUCAAAGUUGACCUAAAAAUUUUGCACAAAGAACAGCACACCUAUUCACAGUCAAAUUGUUCUUUGGAACUUUAUCACCGUACAGAGUAACCGUUGAAUGUUCAUCGUUAACAAACAUUUCGCAAUUUUUACAAGUGGACACUUGGGAAGGUCCCGAAGGUGUCUGCUUAAUAGAGAUUUCACUGUAUAUGCCAUUCCAAUGUAAAUGGGUACUAAACAAGUCAUACUUCCUACCACCAAAUUAUCCUCUGGCUUCUGAUUGGUGCCAGAAAAACACACAAUCAGAAGCCAGAAUGGCGGUGGCCAUUUGGAACUGGUCUGGUAAGACAUUGUCCCCAGGGGCGCUUCUCGCUUUUCUUUACUUUUCUUUGUGCCUUAUUUUUCCGCCCAUCUAGACUUUCCCUCGCCCCCACUAUCUGCCCCUGGGUCUCCGAGAAUGAUCCUCAUACAGAUGGCUUACAUAACUGACAGGCUAGUGUCAGUAUUUGUGCAAGAUCUAAUGUGACACUUGACAUGGGCUUGCAUGUAGUGGGUGUACAGAUGGUUGGUGUUCGUACGCUACGUCAUAAACCAAAUUUUCUUGGAUGGAUAGUUUACCAAAUUUUUUUACCCAUUGUGCUCUGCUGCGUGCACUUCACACACGUGCAAGAACUCCGCUAUUAAUAAUGUGACUAAAUUUUUUUUCUUCUUACAGCAAGGAUCACGAUCAUGGCGCGUGUUUGUGUGAAAGAUGUACAUCGACCAGGGAAGACGAGGACAAAGAAGUGUCUCUUGAGUUGCCUUAUGCAGAGAGCAGUAGUUCUUAUUCCACACAAAGUCAGGUUGACUUUGAUGACAGUUGGGCUCAGCCACAAACCUUAUCUGCAGAUGCAUCCUUGGAAAGUUUUGCAAGUUCCAGAUGCUCCGACUGUUCAGCCAAUUCUUGGAUUGCACCAGACACUGGUGAAGGUAUAGCACCCAAUUUCCUCCUAAGGCACACUCAAGAUGAGGAGCUUUCCCAGAGUGCUCUUUCAAAACUGUCAAUACUGAAUGACAUUCCUUCAAAGUGCAUCUCAUCAUCAAGCAUUGAUCCUGUUACUGAUGUUGCAUGUGAAUCAGAAAGAGCUUAUCCCUCCUUCAGUGAUGAUUGUCAGGAUGCAUCUUAUAGUCAUCUAGAUGAAGGCCUAGAAAGUAUUUUUUCCGUGUGGUCUAGUGGACAGUGUGAAAGACAAAGCGUGGAUGAAGGUUCCUGGGCUGGUGCAGUAAGACCUCAUGUUGGCUUUCCCGUUCAUGGAGCUGUGGGAGGUGUCUUUAAUGACCCUCUGGCAUGGGGAAAUGCAGCUUUUAAUGGGGAUUGUUCAACAAUAGUGUUGGAGGAGGAAGCAGGGUUUGAUGAUGACAUGUUUGUAUGGAGUUCUGCAGAUGGUGAGUUUUUGUUAACCACGUCUUAGAAAUGUAGGCAACUGAAGCUGUGUAUCUCCAGGUUUCAAUGAUGAUAACAAGAUGCAUGCAAUCCUUAUGAUAGAUAUAUGGACAAUGAUCCUAAUAAUCAAGUCAUAGACAACAUUUUCCAUGUUUGGAUAGCUUGAUAAAAACAUAAGAGGGGUAGUGAGAAUUCGAGACAGUUAUGCAAACCCAAGACAAAGUUCUUUUAAUUACUUUGCAAGUUGAAGCAUUUAAGUCUGCGUAAAAGACAUCUCAGAUUUUGAUUGUUGUUCUCCACCAAAUUUACAUUUUGAUCAAGUAAUAUCAAUUCAGAACCAGAUCUUCUUCUCUAAAAGUUUUCUUUCUGAUUUGACAUUAAACCAAGCUCCUCAGCACUUGAGUACUUAGUUUACAACAAAAAAGAUAUAAAUUAAAAAUUAAUUAUAUCUUAUAAUUUAUAUCCCAUAAAUUGCCAUUUAUAUGCAAAAAAAGAAGCACUUACCUUAGCCUUGUUUUUUAAGGAUUUGAUGCUGUUGAUGUUUUUAAUAAUACACAAGUGCUCACAAGAGAGUUGCCAAGUCGUGAGGCGUCAUCAGUGAGUGAUCUUAACAGCAACUUGCAAGCUACAGGUGAUGACUUGCCAAGCAGGGUCUCUCUUCAUUCUCAACCACAGUGGGACCAGGACCUCCCCUAUGUAGGUGCUAGACCCCGACAGGUCCAUUAUUCAACCUCUGCCUCUCCCAAUUCUCAGUCACAGCAGGACUGGAACUCCUUAGGUGCUAGACCCCGAGAGCAUCAAUAUUCAACUCGUGCCUCUCUCCCUUCUCUACCACAGCAGGAUGAUGCUGUUCCAGUUCUUACAUUUGGCAGGCAAUUCCCAGUUACAACUGACUGGUUAUCCCCAGUUGCUAGACUCCAACAGGCCCAGUAUUCUUAUUCAUCUGAUGAAUUUGAUGGGGGGAGAGGAACAGAAGAAGACUUUGAAGGUGGCGUGACCAUUUCGUUUUUGUUAAAACACUCACAAGAUAAAGCCCUACGCGCUUGGGCCCUUCAUGAGCAAGUUUUGAUGGAGCAAGAUCUUAAACAACUAGGAACAAGUAUCAAAAGGGAAGGGAAGUUAGUGAGAAAAAUAAGAGCAUGUGGAGAAGAAGACGAAGAGUUGCAUGAGAUAAGCAGUUGUACUCAAGAAGUACGUGUAAGUAACUAGUAUAUUUGUUUGAACACAACAUUAAUUUUGCACCUUUCCAGUUUGACUUAUUAAAGAUUGUUCUUGUGCCCUAAGCUAUUUGAAAUAGUUAUUUGCAGUUGAUUUUUAGAAUGCAGAGAUAGGGUUACUGGAAAGCUUGAGCUCUUUCUUGUGAGCAAUAGAUAAAAGCAAUGUCACAUGAUGUUUCAAGGGGGGGGGCAAACAAGCGUUAAAAUUUGCCAAUUCGAGUAAUAAUUAUUUUUUGUUGUGUUUAUAUAUUCUGUCAAAACGAGACAAAAAUUUGAUAGUCAUGCGAAAUUUGCAGUUCGAGUUUCGACAUGAUUUCCAUCAUUAUUGUUUGCUGUUAGGACAUCUAUGGUUGCUACUUUUUUCAAAAAAAUAACAAGGAGCACAUUACCCACAAUUUGCCAUUAUUGUCUUGAAGAGGGAAAGUUCUACAUUUUUGUUUUCUAGAAUCGACAACCUCGACCACAAUUUCUUGCAUUGGCAAAUUUUUUAACUUGGUUUGUGUCCUGAGAAACCAUUUGACAUUGCUUUUAUCCCAUGAGUCCUUAAGCAGGUGCAAAGAUGGCGGGUACGGGGAAUAAGGUCUGUGGUCACAAUAAGUUCGUGGAUGCAACUGGGGAAACAGGAAGAAAGUAUGAGAUGAGAUUUCACAUGGCAGCAAAUAACCUGCUACCAAAAUUUAAAACACCAUGCUCAUUCCUGACUGCAAAAUAUGCUGCCACAUUUUUGCCAAUAUCUAUUUUUGGCAUCACUAAAGUGUUGAGGAUUGCAAUAAUAUAACAUGAGUGGUAGGUCCUGAACAAAAUAAAGGUCUUACCUGAGAAGUUUUGUAUCACAUUGAUUUGCAAGUUAGAAGUAUUAAGUUCUUCUUCAUUAUUCACCAAAUCAUAAAGAAGGAGCAUUUUUGUGUACAUCAUGCUAUGUUAACAUGUAGUUACUUUUGUAGAGAUAAUAUUAACUUUUUAAAUUAACAGAAUAGAUGGUUUUCACAGUGACGUCAUCAAUAGCGAAAAGUCAAAAUAGCGAGGUUUACGAAUUCUUAUUAACACUAGGUUGAAGAUAAUCAAAAAGUUAAUCUUUGUACAAGUUUUCAGUCCCAUAGCAUGUUUCAUUUCGAAAAUACAGCAAUUUGAACUUCCGAGUUUUCAGAGUGCGUGACACCAAAAUAGGAAUGCUGUCUCGUUGAAAAAAAGUCUCUCCUCUUGAUUUUCAGUAGUAUAACCAUUUCAAGUAUUAGAAGAUAUGUUUAUGCGCACGUAGGCUAGUUCUCGAGUGAAAAGAAGGAGCUUUUAUAGAACAAGUGAACUCCUGAUGUUUUUGUUGAUUUUCGGCGGCCAUAUUGGUGCACCAAAACUGUGCACCAAUAUGGCGUCUCCAUACAAAGCUCUACAAAGAUGCGUGAAACGUUUCAGCAAAUAACUCAGAAACUGUGGGCCAAAAAGACCUGAGACUUGCACAAAUUGUUUAAAAAUUAGUCUUUUAUAACAUAUCAUUUUCUUGGCUUCUUUCACUGGACGGUUUUCAAUUUAUUUUUUUGUUGCGUGACAGUGAAAACGAUCUAUAGCCUUUUGCACAUCAUACCAUUUGAUAUGACGGGAAGAUUUAAGAGAAUGCUUAGGGAUUCGAAAAUGAGACCUACUUCUGCACAGGGAUAAUGCCCACAAUCCUAACUCUGGGUUGCUACUGUAGAAUUCCGGAAGUAAUGGUCCCUCUGAAAAUAACACUAUUAAAAAUAACGUCUACUUUUUACCUUGCUACUGAAUCCUGAAAGUAAUGGCGCCGCCAAAAGUAGCAGCCCUAUGUAAAAAGCGAUUUUAAAGAGUGUUUAACAUAAAAUGUCGCAAAAGGAAUGAGAAAAAAUGUCUGUUUUCUGCUGUUUUUUAGUGAAAGUCAACUAUCAGCCUGUACCAGUCAUAAUAAUGGAUCAAUUUAAUAAGCACGUAUGAAAAUCUUUGAACUCUGGUACUGUAAUGCUGGACUGUCUCAACUAAACAAUUUGAAGAGUCAUUUUGUGAUUCUAUUUCGAAACUUGUCUGAAUCCUUCUUCAAAUUAUGCAUGAUUUAAAAGCUGAAUUUCCCAAGAGUCAAAUGAUAGUAAUAUUAUUAGUUACACUGCAAUUUGAUGCACCCAUAACUGACUUUUGCCUAAAAAGCCAACAUUUAGGGCCUUUUACAUGUACAGUUGUAUAUGUUAUUUUUGUCACUUUGUUCUUGUGGAUGGUAAUAUGCAUAAAUGGAAUUACUUUUAAAUUCAUGUUUCAUUUCUUAAACGACUGUGAAUUACUAACGUUUUUUAACCAUCCGAAAGUAGCAACUACCUGAAAGUAACAGCUACCCUUAAGUAGCGGCCCCUUUUGCCAGCUAAAUUCAAAAGUAACAGGGGCCGUUUCUUUCAGAAUUCUACAGUAUUAGGCAUGCGCGGCACUUUGUUUGGACUUCCACUAAGAAUGAUUGGAAUGCACAGAACAGAAUCUGAUCACGCGCAUUUGUACCUUUUAUCACCUGAAUUAAGAAAUGGUAAAUGUGCAGCGUGCAAACAUGGAGUUAUGGAUGCACGCGGGAGGUUGCUAAGCACAAAAUAAGCGGAAGAGUCGCCUUGAGCGACUCUAGCUUCUUGAGUGCUUAGCAAACCUCCCAAGUGCAUCCAUAACUCCAGGGUUGCACAGCUGCAAUGUUUACCAUUUCUUUUAUAACAUAAUCAAAAGAGAAAAACAUUAUUUUACAUUUGCCUUCGGUUGAGUCGUCGGUCCGAGUUCAUGUAUGCUGCCAUCUGCCCGCCCCUUUGAGUUUUUCUUUCACUGAAUCAACCGUUCUCCGUCUUCAGGUAAAUUUCAAAACGUUUUUCGUUGUUAUUCUGAAUGGCAUCUGUCUACUUGCUCUUAAUAUUAGGGUAAAAACUUUGAGGGAAAACUAUAGCUGGAACUAUAAACACCAACUAAAAAGACUCUAAAAAAUAAGCUAAAACUAAAUAAAUGAAAUAAUUAUCAGGCUUAUUUAUGUGACAAUUUUUGAAAUAAACGUAAAGUAGAAAUGAGAAAAUUUGACUGUAAUUCCUUUAGAAUAACAGGUAACACUAAUUUUAAAAAGAAAUUAACUAACUUUGUAUCGAAAUCUGUCUGGGGAAAUCCAGCUAUGAAAGUCAAAGUUGCAACUGAAAUUCGCCGACACACAGCCGGCGCUGAAGCUGUUGUUUUUCAACUGUUCUCUGAAUGACUGUUAUGAAUGAACACUGAGGAACAAAAUAAUACACACACAAGUUAUUUUUUGAAAAAUUAUUUGAAAACCCAAAUGUUUCUGUACUCAAAUGAAAUUCGCUUAUUCCAGCGUAAUGUGCCCGUUUAAACUCAUCUAAAAUUUUUAAUCGAUGCGAUGAAAACUUCACAACAAAGCUGUCUCGAAUUUUAGCGUGUUUUCUAAAAUAUUUGCUUAAAUUUAGCAUCAGCUUGACCAAAAAGUCAAUAACACAAUGCUAAUUGAUAAAUUUACAUUUCAAACAGACCGUCUCUUCUAUAAAAAACACACAAAAUGUACCUUAAAUCUUCACUCACUAGAUUUUCCUUCAGCCGAUUCUAGACGCGAGGAAAACAGUGAUUAAUAUUCAUCAAGGGCAAAUUUGUCACUUUAUCUUUUGUCUUUUUUCCUUCAAAAUGACAGCUUAGUAUUUUCUUCAACUUCCACUUUUCAUCUGUGCAUUGCAUUGGUGUAUUUUACCGUCAGGAGAGGAGAUUUGUUGAAUUUGCCUAAAUUUUACCGCGCUAGCUCAGUUUCUUGGCGUGCACCCACGGGCAAAUGGUAGUGGCUAAUUGACCAAUCAGAGCGCGCGAUUUACUUUUUGUCUGGCUAAUCUGAUCAUUCCUUGGUGUACGUGUACCUCUUUAAAGCUUGGGAGUAUGUGCUGAAGUUUUGUUGCUAGGCAACUGGAAGAUUCCAAGCCAGUUUAGAAUUAUAUAUCUAUAGAGCUGGCUUCUCUUUAUUUUACUGCCCUUAAUAUUCCUUCUUUUAUGAAAAAUUACUUUUCAUUCUUAUUGGUUCAUCAGUUUGGACAGCAGUUUAAUUCAAAGUUGCAUGAAAUUUCUUAGUAGUUACAAGCGCCCUUAAGUGCAGAAUACCUUUCUAAACUGAGCAAUUUUUUUUCUAUCAUUAAGAUUAUCUGGCCAAGUCUAAGGUACAGGCCCCGGUUGUUCAAACGCUGGAUACCGCUAUCCAGUGGAUAAAUGAUAACUUUAAUAGUAACAUCCUCGUGAGGUUUUUCAGGAACUAUUUACAAACUAUUCACAAUUUAUAAAAGCAAAAAUGACAAUAAAAACUCGAAAUCACAAUUUAUGAUGGUAUUCUACUAAAUUCUAGAGCUUAUGAAGGAAAUGUCUGCCUCAAUAGUGUGUCUUUCAGGGCGCGCUUGAAAGAUGCCAAUGAGGCACUUUGCCUAAGUUCAUUAUGCAAGUUAUUCCAUGUGUAGGCCCCUCUGUAGGAAAAUGUGCGCUGGCCUAUAGCCGUUCUUUAUAGCGAAAUCUGCAAAGAGUUCCGUGUCCGAGUGUUACGAGUCGUGUCCGAGUGUCCAGCAGAUAAGUAUUUGGGAAACCAAUUGCGUUACCCAUUGGAUAGAGAUUUAUCCAUCGGAUAGCGAUAUCCACCGUUUGAACAACUGGGGCCAGGUCACUUUCCACAGGUCAAGAGUACAGGUCACUGCCCCAUUGAUAAAUUACCAAACCACAUGGAUUCCCCUUGAUCUAAUAGAGCAUUUUGUUAAGAGAUUAGGGCUAGGAGACACUUUUAAUACUGUUAAUUUAUCUGUAUCAUGGUGACCUGUACUCUGUCCUGUGGAAAAGUUAUCUGUACUUUGGACCUGCUGUUAAUAACUAGACAUUGUAGGUUUAUCUUUUUCUUUUUUAGACUGCUCAUAAGGAGCCCGUACACAACUGUGUCAAUUGUAAUCAAAUUAUUGAUGCACAGCAGCGGGAAAAUCACCCAUGUCAUCCUGAUAUAUGCUGUAUCUGCCAAGAGGUGAAUUCUAAUAUAUUAUCUUUUGCAAAACCUAUUUUCCAUUUGGAGUAGGUCAAAAUGAGUUUUGCGUAGGAAAAUGGUUCUUGAAUUGGUUAUUGCAAGAGACUACAGUUUUGCAGUACAAUCUAACUUAAAUCCAUUGAACACAUAUCAUAUUAACAGAAACAUUUAUUACUGCAUUAUCAGUUAUCAUUAAAUUAUUAUUAUGUAUCGUUGCAUGGUUGUAUUUCAGAUGGUGCCAUUAAUAUUUGUAGACUGCUAGCAGACUUAUUUUAGUUUGUAGUCACAGCUUGCCAGCACUCAACACAGCGAACUCGAGACAGUCUCUUCCCUCACACAUUAAUUUGCUUUGUUCACUAGCACACAACGUGCUUGCUGACAGUCAAUUUGAAAGAGCUGCUAACAAUUAUUUAGGCUGUUAAGAGCAUAUUCAGUGUAUGCUGCUGCAUUAAAUUAUUAAAUUAUUUAACAUUAUUUGCUAUUGAUAGAAACAAGUUUGAAUGAUUCAAGAGAACCUGUAAAAUCACACUUAAACCUGUCCAAUAUUAUCAUUUAUGACCAACAUAUGUUAAGCAAAGGAUCAAAACGACAAUCAGAACAAAUGAGGGACUGCAGCACCACCUUUUUGAUAGGUAUGAAUGAAAACAUUCAGCCGGAUUUACUGACAGGUAUUUUCUUUUCAGUAUGUAGAUGCCUUUAUUGGGUGCUACGAAGUUCCUUGUGGGCACAAGUUUCACGAGGAGUGCUAUUUAAAUAUGAUAGUUAACAACAUGUAAGUCAUAUUUUCAGUUGGUGUUAAUUGAUACUCAGCAUUGUUACUAAGGUUCACGUUUUGCAUGAAGAGCACUUUUGGCCCUGGUUGUUCAAAUGCUGGAUAUUGUUAUCCAGUGUAGGGAAAAAUCACUAUCUAGUUGAUAAGUUUUAAGGAAACCAAUGCAUUGGAUAGGGUUGUACAUGGUUCGUACAAUCUUUAAAAGGUCUUGAAUUUUAGUAGUUAUCUUAAAAAGUCCUUGAAUUCGGUUGAGAUCCUUGAAAAGUACUUUAUUUCUUUAUUAGGUCUUGAAGAGUCCUUGAAAUUCGCUACCUUUUCUAAAAAUAUUUUUGUGCAUGAGCAAUAUCUUACCUCUGUUUCUUUUUUUAAAUGUCAAUAUGUACCUCAGAUACAAUUGCAAGUCACACCCAAUCAAUUUGCAAAGUGUUGUUGGAAAGUAGUGUAAAAUAAUGUGAUCAACCAUGGCCGAAGAAAUGGCUCCAUGACUUGUUUUAGCCAAUAAGGUGUUCAAGAGGGGGUUAAAGAAAGCCGAUUUUUUAAUAAAUCUUAGUCCUUGAAAACUGUAAUUUGUCCUUGAAAAAUCCUUGAAAUUUGUUUCUCUGAAGUGGUAUGCACCUUGGUUUUAUCCCAAUGGAUGGCAUCAUCCAUUUUUUGAAUAACUGUUGCCUGGUUAUAAAUGAUUAUUAACACUUUGACUCUCAAGUGAUUUUUAAACUGUCUGUCUGUCUGUCCUCUUUGGCAAUACCUUCAAAAAGGGCUAAUUUUUUUUUAGCAUCUUACAAAAUUGAAUUUGUAAGUUUUGUUGCAUGUUUGAGUUUGGUGACAAAGGGGUCUUUCAAUAUUUAUUGUAACCUCUCGUAAGGAAGCUGUGUCCGCUCUUGCCUCUGCUGAAGUAAAGUUAUUCAGUUAGAAUCAAGUCUUGUGGCAUUGAUAAUAACUUAGCUUAUUUUAAAAAUAGUAACAGGAUGUAUAUAGGGGAAUUUUUGUCAAGCUAUGAAUCACUGUGAUAAUUUAUUCUUUUUAUUGCCUUUUAGUGAAACUUGCCCACUGUGUCGCCGACCAUUUUGA